AUGUGGCACAACGUGGGGUUGACCCUGCUGGUGUUCGUGGCCACGCUGCUGAUCGUCCUGCUGCUGAUGGUGUGCGGUUGGUAUUUCGUAUGGCAUCUAUUUUUAUCUAAAUUCAAGUUUCUCCGGGAGCUGGUGGGAGACACAGGAUCUCAGGAAGGAGAUCAUGAGCAGCCUUCAGGGUCUGAAACAGAAGAGGACCCUUCAGCUUCGCCACACAGGAUCAGAUCUGCUCGCCAGCGAAGGGCACCUGCUGAUGAAGGCCGCUGACCAGACAUGCGCCUUACUAGAAUAUGGUCUGAGGGAGUUCUGAGCCUCUGUCCUUAGAGACCUGACUCUGAAAGUCACUAAGUGACUGAGGAACAUUUGCAAUUGGAUUUAUAUCCAGUCAUAAAAAAAAAAAAAGAUUUAUACGUAAGCCAUAUAGAAAUAAAGGGAAUUUAAACCAAAUUGGACCAUUACAGAUUUCAUCCUGGAUAUUUGGCUUCACUGGGCCUACUUACUCUUUGCCUCUUGGGCUUUUUUGUUUUGUUUUGUUUUGCACUGGUGUAAAUCUGUAAACAUUUCAGGCUUGAAGACACGUUAUUAGUCAUAAAAUGUACCCUUUUCUUGACGUUUUAACUUGUCAGGAAUUGGGACGUAUCUCAUUACUGUCAACCGGGUGAUAGAUAGUCUUGCCAUUGACCUAGCUUACGCAUAUGUGACUUUGCCCCUUGUUAGAGUGUCAUUACCUCAGCUGAUGUGUAUAUUGUUGGUAUCAAAUAUAUCCGGUUUAACUGGCAUUUAAAAAUGACUCAGCAUUGAAGUGAAAGGUUAUUGUAUAUGCAGAGAAACAUGGAAACAGCAGUGAGGCAUUUUGGGUAAUAGUGAUGUCAACAUUUGCUACCAGAGAAAUUAUCACAAUUCUAUAUUGUCUUGAAAAGAAACAACAAAAUGCUUUAUGGGACUUAAGAAAGGAAGAUAUCCAUAAGUUGAUGAAUCUGUGCUACGUUUUGUCCGUGAGGCACUUGCAAAACAGUUGUCUUUCUUCAAGGCAAGGGAUUGCAGUCAAGGGCAAGGAGAAAUUGCCAAAAUCCCCAGAGUUGACCUAACAAAAUUCAAAGCAAAGAGAGGCCUGUAUGACCACUUCAUGGAGAAGACUGCCAUUAAGCUAUCAUAUGUUUUAUCCGAAGCUGCCUCCUGGUGUUAGACAAAAGGCAGUGAGCGCUUGCUCCAUCAGGGAAUGCAGCAUUGCCGGUACUCUUGACACACGUGUGGGGAAGUGAAGAUUCCUAUGACUAAUUUCCAAAGUGAUUUGGAAGAGGGGGACUCAGAAUCUGAAGUUACAGUUAUAACUUAACCUGUUCAUUUCACACAUUUUUUACAUAGGCUCAAAGUUUAUGUGGCAAAAAUAUUUUAGAACAUGGAAUAAAUGCAAACUAAAACAUGUUUCUGGAUGCCAGGCGCAUGUCACAGCUUAAUGGGCAGUGUUUUUUCUUAGAAAUACUUAUGGUGCAUCUUAACAGUUGAUUGUCACUUAGACUAAGUAAAAGUGAUAAUUUGUAAAUUUACUUUUCAAGAUAGCAGUUAUUUAUUGGAGAACUUAAGUAUAAAUCUUACAGUGUUAACAUAGUUAUUUUCUAUGAAAUACUUUUGGGGUAAACCUAUUGGGGGUUUUAGAGUUAUAGUUAGGAAUCUAUCAACUGUCUUCUCCUUUAGGGAGAAUGAGAUCAGUCCCCCUUUAUAUGGGGACUUUAUGUUCUGGGCUUGUGUUGUGGAGAAAGUACUUCACGAACAGCAAUUCAGCCACAAGACCUCAAGAAUGCUAGGGCUUGAGAAAGCAGUCGUUGAAAAUACCUGCUUAACUAGGUAAAAUGCCUCUUGCCAGGAGUCCAUGUUUGUUUUAACUGAACUUUGGACUGUUUACUAGAGAAGAGAGAUAGAUUAAUGGACCGUCUAGUGCUGUCUGCACUAUACAGAGGUGAACUGCAAAGCCACGGUACUUUCCGGGUUCUUGUUCUUUGGGGCUGUUUAAUCUUGUUUGAUACCUCAUUCUUUCUACUGGCAGAUUUUGCCCCAAGCUGAGUUCCUAAAGAACCGUUUUUGACAUUGUAGCCCUUUGGGAACACUGGAAGGGAAAUUACAGGGGCCAGCCUCUACUUAAACAAAAAAUGCCCAACAGUUGAGAGUGGGGUGCCAUCGGUCUGGCUUCUUUAUGGGGCAUCGUGACCAGAGGCGAAAAGAGCAGUGAUGUCAUUUUUAGCUUUGUUUUGUAAUAUUUCUUAAAGCAACUAAAUAUCACUAAAUGGGUCAAGAUGCUCUGAGGCAUCUUGGUACUGGGAGGAUGUUUAUAUUAGAUUUUUUUUUCAUAAUCUAAUGUUUUGAGCUCCAAGUUUUCCUUUUUGCUAAUGUUUUUGCGGCAGAUAGCUAAGGUUUAGAUGCCAAUAGGAAACACUUUAAGCUGCAGGUGAGCUCCCCGUUGUAUUUAAUCAGUAUUAAAGAGUGAUGGCUGAUGUAACUGUCCCCUCCAACCUAUAACAAGGUCCAAACUAAUUCCCCAAAAGCUACAUAUGUGGCAUUUUUUAUUGGCACUUAUGUUUGCAGCAUAUUACAAAACAUUAAUAAAUACUGUACGUGGCCCAAGAAACAGUACCUUAUGAUGUAAUAGCUCAUACUUGCGUGCUUAACUGAAGACAUUUUGGAUGCCAGUAUGAAGAGUCUAAAGCAUAGUCCUUUGUGUAAAAUUGGUCUCAUGGAUCUCCUUUACCCCAUCAAGAGAGGGGAGAAAAACCAUUGUCCUGCAGGAGUCCUCAUGUGCUGUGGGUUUCUGUCCUGUUUCCUGUUUUGUUUUAGUACUUUCGUAGCUGUUACAACUGCCACACCUGCAUUCUCAGGCUCUCAGCACAAGGGGUGUGCUUAGCUUUAAUGUUUAAAAACAGCAGAGAAAUACUAGAGUCUUGCCUGCACCCUUCCAAAAAUGAUAUCAUCUCUUUGAGGCCUGGUUAGAGACUCAAGGACUCAGGUGGAUGGUUGCAGUCCUUCUCACCCAGCCCUUCCCAAAUCUUUGUUUUGUCUCUGAAGGUGUGUGUGUGUGUUUGUGUGUUUGCAGAUUGCCCAUGUGGUGGCAGGGCUCAGAUUUAAAUGCCAGAACACUAAAGAUUUGAAUAAGUUAGCUGAGGCAUUAAAUACACACCUGAAGAUAACCUUUGAACUGAAUGGAUUCUCACAGUGGAAGUAGAUAGUGGGUAGCCGUUUUAUGGACAUCUUGACCUCUUUGUUUAGAUUGGGUUGAAGAGCCAUUUCAAAAUGGUAUUUUGCUAAAAGUUUAGAAUAUGUAUGUAUGGACACCUGAAACCUGAUGGGAAGUCAUCCAUGUUUCCUGUCAAGAGAGGCAGUGCAUGAAGUUAUUGAGUCUGCAGUGCAAUCCUUUUUAAAGUCAGUUUUUCCCAGAAGGGGUCUGACUGUGAUUGGUAACCAGAGUAACCGCAGAUCUGGUGAACUAAGUGCAGUUAUAGAAUCUAGAAUUAAAGCACCUUGUAUUGUCUGCUGUCCAAGUGUCCUGGAGUUUGAAACUUGUAACAAGUUAGAGUUUGUCCUGUCUUGGUGGAAGCUGCAUCUCCAUUGGUUAGAGUACGUGCUGCCUGUUGAGGGCUGCCUCGCAUUCACCUCCAUGCCAGUUCUAUGCAUAAUCAUUCACCAAAUACCGUUGCCGUGGCUUCUUACAGGAGCCCUUCCGUCCUGUGCUGUGAUGCAUUGUCAUCUUGCUGCUUGACAAAAUACAUUGUAAGGAACUAGAGCCGUGUGUGAUAAAAGUACCUUUGUGUAACAAGAUGUAAAAUACAGACGGGGGAUAUGCAAAUAAAUUAUGUUCCUGUCGUAAUAUCUAAAGCUUUCAUGGUUUGUAUGUUUUAACUUUCACUUUAAACUGCACAGAAUAAAUGAAAAUGAAAACAAUCAA